AUGGUGGGCAUAGCAGCUGUUAUACCAGGCAGUGAGAGAGAGAAAGAGAGAGAGAGAGAACCGGCAUCCUCGUCCUCCCAGGGUUUGCGUCUGAGCAGGAGGAGGGUGGCAGCCCUGUGCGAAGGCACUGUCACUGGCAAGGCCACCCGCCUACGGCAGCCUCCCACAUGUCACCGCCGGCCCCCCUGCAGAAAAGAAAGAGCCAUGUGCAAAGACCCCGCUGGUUACAUCCACGCGCUGCACCAUGUGCGUGGGGCUCGCCACUGGGCUCUCUCGCGGACAGUGGUGCGAGGAUGGGAAGCGCACUGCGUCACAGCCAACCCCGGCUGGCCCACCUGCCAGGCACGUCUGGACUGGCGAGCCGUUCCCCCACUUCAGAGGUGCGUGGGCACAGAAACCGCUGCCAAUGAGGGACAGUUUAGCACCACGAUCCUGGCGUGGGCGCCGGACCAAUCGGCAGGGAGCAGGAUGAAGGACGACAGGGUCUUCCUUCUGCUCUUUAUCCUCAUUUUUAUACUAAAUACGAGUCAGUACCUUGCUUUUCACUCAACAAUUAUGGAUGCCAACAGUUCAUGGAGUAAUGCAUCAGGCAACUGCCCAGAUGUGGACACUCUGAUGAAGCACUACUACCUUCCAGUGAUGUACACAAUCAUCUUUGUGGUGGGCUUUGUGGGCAACAUCAUCUCCAUCGUCAUCUACGUGACCAAGAUGCGGCCCUGGAAGAGCAGUAGCAUCAUCAUGCUGAACCUGGCCAUAACAGACCUCCUCUACAUGUUCAGCCUACCUUUCCUGGUUUCAUACUACAUCAGAGGGGAUUCCUGGACUAUGGGAGACUUCAUGUGUCGCUUCGUACGCUUUGGUUUCCACUUCAAUUUGUACGGCAGCAUCCUCUUCUUAACCUGCCUCAGCAUCUUCCGCUAUGUGGUGGUGGUUUACCCCCUGAAGAUGGUCCAGAUUCAAAGAAAGACGUUGGGCUGCAUUGCUUGCCUAGUGGUUUGGGCCAUCUCUGCUGUGGAGAUUGUUCCUAUGUUAACAAUGAUUAACAUGGAGGUCAUAAAUAACAAAACUCAAUGUCUGGACUUUGCCAGCAAUGAUCCAGAAAAUGUCUGGUGGUACAGCUGGCUACUGACAACUUUGGGCUACUUGUUGCCCCUUGUGGUGGUUUGCAUCUGCUACUACAGGAUUGUACUGGCUCUGGCGUUGGGACCCCACACUCAGAGCCCACAUCGAGCACGUGCCCGGAGACUCACUGUAUUGAUCCUGGUGGUCUUUGUGGUUUGCUUUAUGCCAUUCCACACCCUGCGUGCAGCUCGUGUGGCUACCAGGAAGUGGGCGGCAUCCUGCACAGUCACUAACUGGGUUCACGCAGUCUACAUUAUAUCAAGACCAGUGGCAGGACUCAACACCUUCUUCAACUUGGCCCUUUACACACUGGCUGGUGACAGGUUCCAGCAAGCUUUCUUCAGCAUCUUUAAUGUUAAGCUCUGCAUUUCCAGAGCAAAGUCCCACAUCUCUGUGGCCACAGUAACCCGAAGAGACAUUCAGUCCUCGUGA